AGGCAUAGAUAUACAUCUCACUGGAGACUACAUAAGCGGAGAAGAAGCUGAACUUUUAUCAAAGAAUACAGCUGUAAACAAGAGGGCAAACGAUGGCCGUGAAAUGCAAAGAGUCAGAUGUGGUUAAAGCCCUGAGGAAUGUCUGCAAAGCCGAAGAUGUGCGCAAGGAGACCGAACUGAUGAUGAAGCCCUAUGCCAACUGGGAGGAGUAUCUGAUGCCUGGCCCCAUCUCCAUCGCCAUCCUAGGGGAGCUGGCAUGCAUCUCCGCAGGGCAGGGGGAUUUCUCCAUCAACAAGAACCCACCCGCAGGGGGAUUCAAAUACAUCAAGUACCCAGACUCAUUCCUCACGUGCCUGAUGCAGGUGAGCAACAAAGGCUGGGAGGCCUUCAACAUUGCGCACAAGAACAUGGAUCAGAUCAGGCUCCUCUCCAUGAGUGUCCCGGAGCAAAUGAAGACCAUUGUCCAAAUUCUGUUCCAGGACACAGAAGUAGUACGGGCAUUGCUCCCCGGGCCGCUGACCAGCAUGAAAUCCAUUGCUGAUGAAUGUACCUCUUUAGCCCUGGCUGUUGAGAGCAAAUUCAGUGACGUCAUCUGCCUGAUCCAAGAACUGCUGGAAGCCUGUUUGAGUUCCAAGAGCGGGUAUGAAAAAGAGCUGGAAGAAACUAGACGGACCUUGGAAGGCGUCAAGCUCAAACAAAAAGCGGCAGAAGCAGCCAAGAAAGAGGCAGAGGAAUACUACAAUAGUAUAAGGAAGAAAGUGGAUGAAACAUACCAAGAUUACAGAAAGGCAAUGGAUAGUAUUCCAGAGGGGUGGGAUGCUGUAGCUAUGAAUUUUGUUGCAAGUCUAACAGAUAGCAUGACAAUUGUGCCUCGUGCAGUUGCCAACCUUACCGCUGAUAUGUUUAAACACCUUAUUGGGGAAAGCGAGCACAGUGGCGACGAGGCAAACGGUGGAGCUGAAGAUGACCCCAUAGCACUGUGUAACAUUUGCUCCCACUCUGUGCAACUGGCUUCUUUGGGAAAUGCUCUGAAUCAGCUUGUGGAUGAAGAAGGCAACAUUAACAUGGGCCUCCUUUACAAUGAGAAAGACCAGCAAGUCAAGUCCUCUUGGACAAAAGAAACUGCCGAGCAACUUCUGGAGAAGAUAAAUAAAGAAAAGGAAUGUAGCGUGAAAGGAAUGGCGGUGGAAAUAUGUACUUCUGUAAUUGGUGUUUGUCAGACACUGGCUGAAAUAGCGACUUCUGGAAAAAAAGAUGUAGAUAAGAAAAGCCUGAAGGAAAAAAUCAAACAUCUAUUGCAAAAAGUUAACCUCUUUGACAGCAAAAGCAAGUCACGCACAGGGGCACCACCCUUUGCCCCCAAGACACCCAAUAUGGCAAAGUACGAAGACAAUUGCCAAGGGAAAAUGGCAGGAUCAGUCGUGAUGACCAAUGCCCAUUUCAAAGUCUUGCAAAGUCAAGAAAUGCUGAAGAUCACAGAAGAAGAGUACCAGAGAAGUUUUGAAAACUUCAAGCAGCAGAAUGAAGAGUUGACAGAGGUACUCAUUACCAUGAGGGCAUGUGAAACAAAGGAGAUUGACUUUGAUACAGCCCGGAAGAUGCUGAUCAAAGGCUUGGAUGCCUUGGGGCGGGUGAAGGAACAGUGGGAGAAGAUGGUCCGUUUCUUCCAGAUGAUUUCCAGCCUCAUCGAGUCCUGCCUCAGCCGUCGGAUUGCAGAAUUUGUAACCACAGCUGGAAAUGUCCGUGGAAUUGCAAACUACUCCAGCAAUGACUUUGUUAAAGAUCUGAUUUAUAAGCAGGCGUUCAAUGCUUCCAACGUGGCUCAUUUAGUGCAUAUGAUCUCCGAGACCUACACAGAAGUAUCUUCAAACUACCUGAUGGGCAGGGUGAGUAGCCUUGGCAGGCUUAUCUCCAUGGAGCCUUCUGAUCCUAAAUUCCAGGCUGAGCGCCUGAGAUUAGCAACAGGGUGUGAUGAUGCUCGACAAGCCAUAGAGGAUCUGGUCAUUAAGAAAAAAAGAGAGUUUGAGAGCAACAUCCGGGGCAGAGUGGAGAAAAUCUCUUCUGAGCUGAUGGCUGCCUUGCCAGAAGUGACCAAAACAGAGCAAAAAGCAAUUGAAGAUACCGUACAGAAGGGCAUGAGAGACAUGAGCCUGCAGGAUGCCAACCAGUUUAUCUAGAAGUAUAUCUCAACUCUAAGUCUGCCUCACCUUUGGGACAGGUUGUAGCAGUGCCUACCUAAUUCCAUCCUUUGUCCGUUUUCAAAAUUCUAGAAGGACAAACAGUGGUUUCAACAGAACUCUGGCCUUUUCCACACCGAGUUUUUGCCGCAACUCUUGCUUCUUAACUGUAACAUUUUAGCCCUUCCCUGUUUUCUUUGGGUUUGUCUUUUUUGGUUUUUAGAUCUUGGUGGUCUGAAAAAAUAUGAGGAAAAGUUGGGAGUGGGGGGAAUGGUACUGUGUUUCAAAGUGUUCUGAAUGUUUCAUGUGUUGCCAUGGCCUACAUAGUAUACAUCAAUCUGCCAAUAGAAGAUAACACAUCAUGAAUAUGAUGAAGUGGCCUGUAGUUUAUGCCACAAUGUAUCUCACUUUGAAAGAGUAAAAUCACAACUAAUAAUAAUAAUAAUAAUAAUAAUACUAUAUGAUAGGUUUCCCCAACGUGGUGCCUGUGAGCACCAUUCUGCCUCCCAGCACCUCUUCUGGCACCCACUAAGUAUCUUUACAUAGUAAGCAGGGAAAGGUGGGGCUUUUGCUGAGCAGAGCUUCUGAUUAGUCAUUGGCGAUCUAAUUGACUGUCCCGAUUUUGUCCCGAUAAUGAGUUCCUCCGGCUCUUUUUCUAUGAAAUGAUCCCUGGCAAGAUCUAAAUUCUGGUCAUUAUAGGGUUAACACAUUUGUUUUGAUCUUGUGAGACCUAACCUGGAAUUAUAACCUUGGCUUAGAGUCAAUCCUGUUUAGAAACUACAAAAGGGUUAAUUACCAGCAAGCAGGCAGGAGACCCUGACGCUGACGCACAGGCUUGCUACUGUAUAGCCUCGUUACUUUUGUUAUUCACUAGCUAGCUACUUGUUGUAUGUAUGAUUUAACUUGUUUAUUGAAGUACUUAAUUUACUGCUAUAGAUAAAGACUUUAUUCUUC